UAUUGUUUAGAUAAAAUUCGAUUUUUUGAUUUAGUAUUUUGUAAUCCACACCAAUUAUGUUAAUACAUAUGAUUAUCGCAUUUGCUAAAGAUGUUCUGUUGUGACUUCUUCUUCAUGCUGGAAUAGUCUUCUAAUUAGAUUCUGAGUGAUCUAUAGUGAGUCUAGGCGAGAUAUUGUAGCCUACAGCUCUAAGCAACGUAAUGAAAUCGUUGGUUCGACUCCGGCCUGCUGUUCUCAGUGUAAAAUCUCUGUCAAUAAAUGCCCAAGGCUACGUGUCAACUUGGUCACGCCGACGCGGAAUGUAUGAUCGUAUUAUUCGCGUCGACCACGCUGGAGAGUUCGGGGCGGAUCGCAUCUACGCGGGGCAGAUGGCCGUACUUGGGAAUACCGAUGCAGGUCGAGUGGUGCGUGACAUGUGGGAGCAGGAAAAAGAACAUCUUCGUAUGUUCAAUGAGCUUGUUGAAAAGCAUGGAGUACGCCGAACUGUCCUUAUGCCGUUCUGGGACAUUGCCGGCUAUGCUCUAGGUGCUGGAUCUGCUUUGCUGGGUAAAGAAAUGGCUAUGACAUGCACAAUUGCUGUCGAGAGUGUCAUUACUAAACAUUACAAUGAUCAGAUAAAAGAACUGACGGAUGAUGAUCCCGUGCAAAACAAAGAACUACUUGACGUGUUGACUAAAUGCAGAGACGAUGAAGAACAUCAUCACGAUUUGGGAAUUUUACAUCAGGGCAUGGAGUCACCCUUUUACAAUAUUGCAUCUUGCUUAAUUAAAACGGGUUGUAGGAUUGCCAUAGCAAUUGCAGAAAGAAUAUAGGUUGUAGAAAUGCUAUAAAUAAUACAAGAGAAUUCGCUAGAAAAGAACAGCUGCUGGCUCUGUAUUGUCUAUGCUUAUUAAAAAAACAACACAGUAUUCGUUCGUUAUGCCUAUAUUAGCGAUCAUAUGAACGCUAAUCCACAUAUAUAUAAAUUUCAUUAAAAUACAAAUUGGUGUUUUCUCCUCAACUGCUGACUACAGAGCAAAGUUCGUCCAAACCUUACAACAAGAAAAAAAUUUGUUUUGUACAAUGGAUUUCCGACAGGAAUCUAAAGCAAUAUUAGUAGUUCAAUCAACCGUGAAUCGUUGGAAUAAAGCUGA